GCGCCCACCGCCCCCCCGUCCCGCAGCCGCCGCCGCCACCCGGCGCCCGAGGAGAGGGCGGCGGGCGCCCCCCGGGGAAGAUGAAGGCGGAAGGGGGCGAUCACUCCAUGAUCAACCUGUCGGUGCAGCAGGUCCUGAGCCUCUGGGCCCACGGGACGGUGCUGAGGAACCUCACGGAGAUGUGGUACUGGAUCUUUCUCUGGGCUCUCUUCUCCUCUCUGUUUGUCCACGGUGCUGCAGGAGUGUUGAUGUUUGUAAUGCUGCAGAGACAUAGGCAGGGGAGAGUAAUCUCUGUCAUUGCAGUCAGCAUCGGAUUUCUGGCUUCUGUAACUGGAGCGAUGAUCACUAGUGCAGCCGUCGCCGGCAUCUACAGAGUAGCAGGGAAGAACAUGGCCCCCCUGGAAGCGCUGGUGUGGGGCGUGGGACAGACUGUAUUGACAUUAAUCAUCUCCUUUUCAAGGAUCCUCGCCACACUCUGAGGUUUCGGUGGGAAUGCCUCACGUCACCGAAGGAAACAGAUGUACAGCUUCUCAGAAAAUGGCGUUGUUAACGAGCGGGAGUGAAAUGGUACCCGAAGGUGGAAGGAGCCGGGUCACAAGCGAAGGAAGGCCUUGAGCUGUGUGCAACGAUCGCCCUCUGGUGUUCAAGUGAUUGCACUACCGCACUGCACCUUACGUGCCUCCGUCCCGGGCCAGGCGCAUUACACUACCGGAAGCUACGAGGGGAAGCACCUUGUUUAGCUGCCAAUCAGGUUAACACUGGUGUUGAAUCACCGUUGUUAACAGUGUUGUGUUAAGUUACAGGGACGUUUGGAGGAAUUGAUAUAUGUGCCAAACUCCUCUUCUUCUUCUUUUUUUGUUUUUUAACAUUGAUCAUGUGACAAUUUGCAAGUGUAGAUGUAGACGAGUGCUGUGAACCACAUCCGACAUGACUUCAGGUAACUAGUGACAUUUUUGUCGUGUAACGCUAAAUCCCGUAUGAGUGCUGAAUACCGGAUCAUUUAAUAUGAUAGGGAAAUUACUUGAUUUUUCACGUUGAGCGUUUCUGGGAUUUAGGGCUUUAAUAUGUUUAGGCAUUAUUGUUAUUUACUUUAAUUUAUGUGGAAAAUAAUACUUAAUGGAAAACUAGCUAAACUCUUUUAAGGACUCAAAGUAGACCUGUAGGGUGCAUCCUUUCCAGUCACUUAAAUAACACUCUUUUAAUAGUUUCCCUCCUACGAAACUAUUCUGUUGAUAUGAAUUCAGAAACUUUAUGGGUCACACACGUUGAUUGUAGUUUGUGUGUCAUGAAAAUAUAAUUUGAAAAUUUUCUUAGAACCUUUGUAAGAAAAGUCCGAAAUGCAUGUUGCAUUCUUUGACCCUUCUAAAGAAAGUUUUUGCCAUGUGAGCCAUGGAGAAAACAUCUUUAUAACUAGUAUCUUGGUGGGAUUAUAUUACUUGUUGCACAUAUCUUGAUUUUUGACAAAACAUACACAAUCUUAAUCUUUCAUUCUGGAGUAUUAACUAUAUUUAAAGAGUGGCCUAAAUUAGGCUGUGAAAACAAAAAGCCUCAUUUGUAGAUAAGUAACAAGUAAGUUAUAUACGAAAAGUAACAAACUAUCUUACUUUGGGCAUGUGGUAACAUGAUUUCGCUAAGUAAAAAUUGGGGUAUAUAGUACAUAAUUUUAAAAUUUGGCAGUUAAUCUCAGCAUAUCAGUACAGUCCUGAGCAUGUAGUAGAGUGAUUCUGUUGUUCAGUUCUUGUUUUAUGCUAUUCUUUAAAUUUACUAGAAUGAAAAAGCCCUGAGCAUACAACACUUUAAGGGAUUCUGGCAAGAUGUAAUCGUUUUUAAGAGUACAGGAAUAAGGGAAAACACAGAGCCUGGUUGAAUUUGUCUCCUACUGAGAUUUUUAAAAAUACCAGGUAUUCUUACAAAUGUACUAACUCAAAAAGCCACUGCAGAAAAUAUCUGAAGGGCAAUCCAGAAAAUAAUCUGCAUACUCUAGCCUCACUGUUUUAUAAAUGAUUUGGUAAAAAGUAGUUUUCUAUUAGGUCCUGUUCAAAUGUAAGAACUUCAUUGCCCACACUACUUCUGUCCACCAAAAAGCAGAAUAUGUAUGCAUGAUUUACCAAUAAGGAAUUGGGGUAGGGGAUACUUUUACCAGUAUGGAGGCCAAUUUGGGGGGUUUACUAAUGCUGUGGCUUGGAAAUCUGUUUAAAAAAAAAAAACCAAUAAGCAACUAUGCAUCCCUAGAGAUCUUUGGAGUAAAUCUUAAAAUUGAUUCUUUUUAUUAUGUACAAGCCUAGAAUUAUGUUCAUGUGUUCUUUCUAUUCCUGAUGUUUUCCCAAAUUAAAUGUAGGCAUACAUUUCCCAA